AUGGCGGACGCUGCGGGUGCCCCCGGCAACCCUGAAGACAAAUAUGAUAUCCUGUCCAGGCUAGACCGUAUCUUCGACGAUUUCUGGUGCAAGCUAGAAAACAGAAUGUGCCAACCAGCUCUGAACCACCCGGACGACCACCCACCGCACAAGCCGAAUCCAACCAUUCAGCUGAAGUUCACAGCUGCGGCAAUGCAUCGAGCCUCAACAUGGCGGCGGGGCGGGAUAAAGGCCUCACUGGGAGGCACAGCUGCUCCUCCGCAAAACGGUAAAUACAUACCUUGGAGUCGCCCAUCACGGUCCUCGGCUGUACUAGCAGCCAUAGCUUCACCCUGGCAGAGAAUCAAAAACCACACGACCCUCCAGCACAAGACAGCACAGACACACACCCAAGCGGAGCAGAGGCAGACCUCGCAAGUUGGUGCUCUCGAGGGGAACCCCAAGCCGGGCAGGAGUCCAGUACCAGUCCAAUUGGCCACAUAG